AUGGGCUCAGAAAGAAGGAAUACCCUUCCACUUAAGUUCAAGCUUCCUAUAGUGGAUACCCUGAUAACUCUCCGCAACAAGGUCACUCCUUGCAAUAAGAACAAUUUCAUCUGCAGAUAUGGGCGGAUCCUCGAUCUCAUUACUACUCCGAUAGAAGUCUCAACUCUGGUGGCCUUAUCCCAGUAUUAUGAUCCACCUCUCCGAUGUUUCACGUUCCAAGACUUCCAGUUGGCUCUGACUAUUAAAGAGUAUGAGAGGCUCCUAGAUUGGUAUGUGAAGGACCAUCCUCCCUUCACUAAGUUGGAUGAACCUUUGCUGCCUGAAUCAGUCGCUGAAGCGCUCCACCUACCUAUUGAAAAGGUCUCCCUUGGUCUGGGACCUAGGGGGUUCACUAUAAAGUUCUUGGAAGAAAAGGCAUGGGCCUUGGAGAAAGAAGGGAAAUGGCUUCCUUUCAGUGCCAUUCUUUCUCUACUGGUUUAUGGAGUCGUACUGUUCCCAAAUGACGACGACUACAUAAACCAAUCCAUCAUAAGUGUGUUCGUGUCUGGGAAUUCUGUCCCUGCAUUGAAGGGGCCUUGGGUGGACUUCCUGAAAGAUUUGAGGUGGUCCCAAAAGUUUGCUUCUCUCACCACCGAAGCUUUGGUUUGGUACCUUCCUGCCUCCAACGUAGAGCAAGUUAUCAUGAGUUGUGGAGACUUCUCGAAUGUGCCACUCAUGGGUCCACGAGGUUGCAUCAAUUACGACCCUUCGGUGGCCUUAAGACAAUUGGGGUACCCAAUGGAGAACGAACCAAGAGUUGAACUACUAAAAAGACUUCAUCUUGCCGGAGGCGGGAACAGAGAAACCAGAUCUGUUGUAGAGGGUGAAGAGAGCUUGGACCCAGAUUCAUCGCAAGGGAAAAGAGCUAGGCAAACAUGA